AUGGGGUAUGGCCCUGGAGAGAAGAGGGGUCCAGCAGAGCUGGUUGAUAUUCAGGGAUCACCACCUCCAAGCUCAAGAAAAAUCCAUCCCAACAAGUUGGAAAUCAAGCAAAGGUGCAGGAGGCUUGCACAGCUGGAUUUGAAAAAUAAGUGGCACCAGAAAGGGGACAAAAUUGCAGCCUUUCCUGAGAUGGUAGAAGAUGCAGAAUACAGCAUUUCUAGUCAAAACCUCCUUCAAAUCGACGGUGGCUACUGGAGGCUACAGGGCCCUGCAAGGGACACGGGUGACACCGGGACGCCCGCGCGGCUCCCCCUGCCCCACGGCAGCCCCACGGCAGCCCCACGGCGCCCCUCCCUUCGCAGAGAGCAGCGACAGCCCCGCCACGCCCGGGCCCGCCGGGCUCUGCCCCAGCCCCGCCGCCCUCCCUCAGCUCUCCGGCCGCAGCCGCUGUCCGCCUCUCGGGCAGCCUCGCCCCGUGUCCCACCGCCUGCCCUGCCCCGGUGGCCGUUCCGCCUCACGCCGCCGCCCCCGCCCGCCUUCCCGCCUCGCCCUGCCGCCCUUCGCGUUACCGCGGUGACGGCAGCAGCCGCCCGGCGCCGUCCGCAACGGCCGCGGGGCGCGGCGGGCGGGGACGGCGGCGGGCGGGAGCCGGAGCGGGAUGGGGGGGCAGCAGGGGUGACCGGGCUGCGGAGCUCAUGCCGCCACCACAGCGACAUCGGGUGCGAAAGGAGCGACGGGGGGAGCGCGGCAGUUAAGGGCGGUGGUCCUGCGGCGGCGUCGCCUCUGGUGCCCGGUCCCUGUGGAGCCGGUGCCCCUGCGGCGGCGUCGCCUCUGGUGCCCGAUCCCUGUGGGGCCGGUGCGCCUGUGGCGGCGUCGUCUCGGGUGCCCGGUCCCUGUGGGGCCGGUGUCCCUGUGGCGGCGUCGUCUCGGGUGCCCGGUCCCUGUGGAGCCGGUGCGCCUGUGGCGGCGUCGCCUCUGGUGCCCGCUCCCUGUGGGGCCGGUGUCCCUGUGGCGGCGUCGCCUCUGGUGCCCGGUCCCUGUGGGGCCGGUGUCCCUGUGGCGGUGUCACCUCGGGCGCCCGGUCUCUGUGGGGCCGGUGUCCCUGUGGGGCCGGUGUCCCUGUGGCGGUGUCACCUCGGGCGCCCGGUCUCUGUGGAGCCAAGGCAGCGCUGCCAUGCGGUUAAAACAGCAAUCAGUAAUAUGGAGCAGAACUUAGAAGUGUUUCAGGAACAAGCUGUCACUAAAGCUUCUCCAUGUGAAGCUGAACUUCAGGAAUUAGUGCAUCAAAUUGACAUCAUGGUAAACAGCAAAAAAGUGGAAUGGGAAAGGAAGAUGAAAGCUUUAGAAGCAAAGAUGGAUUUCCAGGAUAAAGAAUUAGCAAGUGCCCAAAGCAAACUGGAUCGAAAAGGUCAAGAGGUGGGACUACUUCGACAGAAGCUGGAAGAUUUACAGAAAACUAAAUGUGAAAUGGCUCAGAAUUAUGAAACUCAGCUUCAAGCACUAAAAUCUCAGUUUUCAAAGUUGACACAUAGUUAUGAAAAGCUACAGUUACAUCGGUUAAAACAAAAAAAGGUUGAAAGCAGAGAAAAGUGUGAGGAAAGCCUAGAGACACCAUCUGAACUGAGCAAUUUAUACAAAAAACUGGAGGAAUUUAAGGCAAAAUCAAGAGAAUGGGAUAAGAAGGGGACAAUCUGCCAGAAUUAUCUCAAUUAUUUAGAUGCUCAACAAAAAUUACUGUCCGAGAAAUAUAAUCUAUUUCAGAAGCAGACCCAGAAUUACCAAUUCCAAAUAAGCAAUAAGAAACAAAAACAAGAAGAGGUAAUUACCAAUGGCCAGCCUGAAAAUGAAAAGGAUGAGUUGAUUAUUGAAAAGCUAAAGGCAACUGUGAAUGAAAUUGCACUAAACAAGAAUAAACUAGAAGAGGAAAACCUGAAACUCCGGGAGGAUCUAAAAAUGUACCAGAACCAGUGCCAGAACAUGGAGGCAGGCUUUUCAGAAAUGAGAAAUGAGCUGCAGUCACGGGAUGCACUCUGGAGAAGGAUACAACUGGAAUGCCAACAGUUGCAUACAGAAUUAUUGAAAAUCAGAGACUAUAAAGAUAUGCAGGAAAUUCCAAUGAAGCAUCAGUCAUCUUGUGUACAACUUACUGAACAACUAGAAAAUAAGACUGCUGAGUUAUUAUUGUUGGCACAAAGCCAAGAAUGCCAACCAGGAGAGCUAACCAAGAUAAGAAACCGUGUUUAUCGAGAGGAACAGUCCCAUUGCUCUGAGCAGGAAAGAAUGAAGACAGAAAUCUCUGACCUGAUAGAAGAGCUUCAUCAGAAGGAGAUCGCUAUAGCAACUAUCAUGGAGAAAGCUAGUCUUCUGGAAAGACAGCUAAAAAUGGAGUUAGAGAUAAAAGACAAAUUGUUAGCAAAACAACAGUUGUUGGACUUCCGAUACAAAGUUAUCAAAUCUGAAAACAAACAUCUAAAAGAUAUGGUGGAAAGCCAGGAGUGUAAAAGUUGCACGAGUAUAGAUUUAUCUAACAAAGAAUAUGGAGAUUUCGCAGCUUCCAUUCACAAACUGGAACAUGAGAAUGUAAGAUUACAAAAUCGUCUUGUUAAACUACAAAAUGACACAGAAACAUCAAUACUGGGUCCCAUGGGCACAUAUGGAGAAAAAGAGCACAGCUACCAAACCGAUUCAAAGAUACAAGAAAAGGAAGAGAGAACUUUCCAAAAGAACGAUGCAUGGAAAAUGGAACGGCAACAGACUGCUAUGUUCGCAGCCAGUGGAUACCACAGAAACUGUAGUCCUGCUUUAUGUGGCCAAGACAAAAUCACUGGUUCAAACCGUGACAGCACUUUAUCUUCUCAUACACUUCACAGAGGUCAUGAAAAGAAAAUAGACUCUAAAUCUCCAUCACCACAAAUGGGGUAUCCUUUGGGCUUUGGUGGGCCAUUUCAUGAAAAAGGCAGAAGAGACAGCUUACUGAGUCCUGCUCACAAUGCGGAAGAAUUCAAAUUAUCAUCUCCCCCCGAGAUGUCCUUCCUUGCAACAACAGAAAAGUUCCUUCAAGAGGAAGAGAAACAUACAAGAGAGUUUGAAGAACGAUUAAAUUCACACCUUGAAGAACUGCAAAGACAUUCUGAAAAUACUCUUAAAAAAUAUGCCUGGAUACAGCAAAGCAGGCAUACGUAAGCCAGUCACACAAUUAAGAAAAUAAAACCUAGUAAUCACCCAUGAGAUUCUUAGAACUAAUA